AUGGCACCUGUGACGGACUCGGACCGCAUGCUGCUUCAACGUAUUAUGGCAGCAGGCGCAAUGGAAGACGAAGACGUGCGGAGUUUGGCUUGUAAACUCACAGGCGAAGAAAUGACAGCGCCGCAGGUGGACCUAAUGGUGAGCAAAGUGGCGGAUACUAUUCGCCCAUUUGCGCUCGAUGUGCGUCGAGGGAUGUACGACGACGGAAAGAUGUACUUGGCAGUCGUCAACACGAGCAAUGAUUCACUCGCGGCAUUUGCCAGCAGCUUCAAGCCGUGGGAGAUUGUGUUCUUGCGGAAGGCGAUGGAGGAAAUUGUGGACACACAAGAAGGAGCUCUCGAAGAGUCGAGUUUGUAUAACUUGCGCAAAAGCCCCACGACCUUGAAUGAAGUGGAAGCGCUACUUCGCAAGCUUACAGCCGAGAAGUGGUUCGCGCCGAGUAGCGUGCAACUGCAGACACGGAGCUUCACGCUAGGACCGCGUGCGUACUUGGAGCUGAUUGCAUUCCUUCGUGACUUGCAGGUCAAAAAGUGCCCGAUCUGCCAGUAUGAGCUACUCCAGGGCGCGAAGUGCCACGACAAGGACUGUGAUAUGGUCGUCCAUCGUGGCUGCAUCGACAAGUAUGAGAACAGGGGAGUGCGCUACAAGUGUCCUGCUUGUCGGGUCCCGUUCCAACGGUGA